AUGGCCCCGCGGACCGAAACGGCGGACGUCCCGGGAGACCGCGGGAGGACUUGCCUCCCGGCGUCGCCAUCCGACCGCGGAAACCGGCGCCUCCGCCUGCCCGGGAGAUUCUUCGAGCUGAACAUCUACCACGGCCUGUACGUCGGGGGGACGGGGAACUUCAAGGAACUGUUCCUCGGGAACCUGCCCAACUUCCGCGGCUGCGUGGAGGAGGUCGUCUACAACGACAUCCACGUGUUCGUGCACGCGCGGAGCCACCUGGGCGACGCGGAGAUCUACCGCGUCACCUGGGACUGCUCCGAGGAGUUCGCCGCGAGCCGCGACCACCCGAUGAGCCUCGUGGAAGACACCGCGUUCCUCACCGCCCGAGUCAGCAUCCCCCGGAUCGGCGGGGGGAUGUCCUUCGACCUGAAGAGCCAGGCCUCGGACGCCGUCCUCUUUUACUGCAGCGGUCCCACCACGGAUUACGUGGCGGUCGAGUUGGUCAAAGGGAGGAUCCGGUUGACGUUCGACAACGGGAACGGGAAGGUGACGAUCGGGAGCGAGGUGAACGUGAACGACGGGCUCUGGCACGCGGUUCGAGUUCACUUCAGUCUCGCGUACGGCGAAGUGAGCGUCGACGACGUUCCGACUUCGGUUCGACCGCCGAGCGGAGCGAAGAAACACCUGGACCUGUCCGAAGACAUCUACGUGGGGGGAAUGGAGUUGAACAUGCUGACGAAAGCGGUGAAGCGUGGGAUCGGCGUGAAGAGCCUCCAAGGCUGCCUUCGAUAUCUGGUCGUGGACGGGCGGUCCGUGUCCCUGCUGGACGCGGUGGUGACUCAAGGGAUGAAAGCCGGCUGCGUCUGGGAUUAUCCGUGUCUGAGGCAGCCGUGCAUCCCGAGUGCGACGUGCACGCAGCAGGGGCAGGACUCGUUUCGGUGCGAGUGCGGGAGCCCGCCGUGCGUGAAGGGGGAUCCGGGGACGCCGUAUUCGGUCUUCACCAAGACGACCUUGCCGCAGGACUUCGAGAUCAUCUCGUUGAAGGCCGUGUCGGUCAAGGAGGGGACGUCGAGCCUCGUCACGACGGAUCACAUGGGAAUCGCUUUCGACUAUCACAAGUUCGGGAUCAGGGAAUCCGGGAUCAUGUUCCACGUGAUGGACCCGCCGAAACACGGCGUCCUGCGCGCUUCCAUCUGGAUCCACCCCCAAGACUCCAUGUUCACGUUGCUGGACGUCCAGGGCGACCGGGUGUCGUAUCAGCACGACGGCUCCGAGCAUCACCAAGACUCGAUCGCGUUCGAGAUCGAGUUCCUCGCGUCGAAUCAGUUCAUUCUUCCCGCGUAUCUGCAGGCACGGCAGAGAUUCGCGCUUCACGUCGACGUCUCCCCGGUGAACGACCCUCCGAGACUGGAUCCCAGCUCGGAAAAAGUGUUCAAACUGGCCGUGAACACGGCGAAACUGCUGACCCGACGGCAUCUGUUUGCCACCGACCCCGACGACCGCGUCUCCGACCUCAAAUUCACCGUCCUGAGCCUGCAGAGCGACUCGAAAGAAGUCGGCCGGAGUUACGUCCAGAACAACCUGCUCCCGGGGACCCCGAUCCGGGAAUUCAGCCAGGAAGACGUCGACAAGGACCUCAUCGCCUUCGUCCAUCAGGGAGAAAAGGUGGAGAAUCUGAGACUCGGACUCAAACUGUCUGAUGCGACCGAAGUCGGGGAGACCCUGGUCAUCCGGAUUCUCCCAUUCCCGCUGGAGAUGGAAAUCCUCAACAACACCGGUUGCGAGCUGGUUCACGAGUCUCCCGUCGUCCUCACCCACGAGAACCUCACUCUGACGACGAACGCGGAGGACCAGGACUUGGAACUGAGGAUCGACAUCGUCCAGGACGUGAAGUACGGGGAAGUGCAGCGCCUGCGGAGCACGGGAUCCUGGCACAAGGUCAAUCACUUCACCCGAAAGCAGCUGGAGAAAGGGAAGAUCCGCUAUCUGCACCUCCAAGGAACGCCGGAAACCGACGAGUUCAAGUUCCGGCUCACGGUGUCCGGGAACGCCGUCCCCGCCAAGGAGCACGUCUUCACUUUCACUUUCGUCCACAUGACGAUCAAACUGGAACGCCAAGAGGAAUUGGUCCUGGAUGGGAGAGCCCAGGGAACGAUCACGAACGGACAUCUCCUGGCCGUGACCUUUCCUCAUCAGAGUCUCCCGCACGCCAUCGUCUUCCGUCUUCUCUCCCAGCCGAAAUUCGGGGACCUGACCAUGGAAUCCGGGUCCGAAUUCCGAGCCCUCCGCGCAGGCGACAACUUCACACAGUUGCACAUCAACGACGAACGGAUCCUGUACACGAUGAAGCAGAAGGCCUAUUCCCCGGUCUACGACGAUUUUCGCUUCCAGGUCUGCGUUCAAGGCCGAGAGGAUCAGGAACGGACCUUCACCGUCUUCCACGAUCCGGGCCGGGACGGGUUCAUCGAAGUCCUGGAAACGCUGGAAGUCCUGGAAGGGUCCAGCCAACCCAUCAGCCGCCACUUCCUCUGGCUGGAAACCCUCGAGAUCCGAGACAUGAAAUACAACGUGACGAAGCCGCCGAGCCACGGAGUCCUACACGUGUUGGAUCCCGGACUCUCUCAGCCGGAAAGAACCAACGUAACCGGAUUUACAUCGGAGGAAGUGGGGCGAGGACAGGUCCUCUAUUCCCAUCUGGGAUCCGAGACGGAAACGGAUUCCUUCCACUUCCUCGCCGCUGGAGCUCGGGACCCUUCGCAAUUCCUCUACUUGGGGACCUUCCACAUCCGAAUCUUGUUACGGAACGACAAUGCUCCUGUUCGAGUCGUCAACCGGGUGUUUCAGGUCGUGGCCAGGUCCGAGAAACUCUUGACGGGACGGGACUUGAGAUACUCGGAUCCGGACAAGGGCACUCUGCUGUCUCAGAUCAGAUACCGCCGAGACUCCAGUCCCCACGGGACCUUCCAUUUCGUCCACGACAAGGCGACCGAGAUCUACUCCUUCACCCAGCAGGACAUCAACGACCUGAAGGUCCUCUACCGACACCGAAGCGAGGAGAACGCCGACCAGGUGAUGUUCUGGGUCUCCGACGGGGAGUUCCAGACGCAGGGCCUCUUGGAGAUCCGCGCUUCGCCUCCGUUCGUCCAAGUCGCCAACAACACCGGGAUGAUUCUCCCGAGGGGAUCGACCGUCUCUCUUCGCUCUGAGAACCUCAGCGCGCUAACCAACGUUAAUGUCUUGGAAAACGGGACUAUUUACGCCAUUACGCGAUUACCGAAGUUUGGUCGGAUGAUCAAAGACGACGUUCCGAUUAAGGAAUUCCGAGAAUCGGAUCUAAGAUCGGGAACCGUGGAAUUCGAGCACGAUGGAUCGCCGAGCGCCGAAGAUAGCUUUCAGUUUCGAGUUUCCGUUCCCAAUAACGUCACCACGGAUGGAAUUUUCAUCUUUCGCAUCUAUCCCGAGAGUUACUGGGAGCCGCUGGAAGUGGUCAAUUCGAAAACCCUUUUCGUGGGCGAAGAGGAAGUGGGCACAAUCACUCCAUCUCUAUUGCUCGUCUCUCAUCCGAAUAUCCCUCCGAGCGAGAUAACGUUCACCGUCAUCAAAGAACCAGAGUUCGGAUUCUUAAGGAACGGCGGGACGAAGGAGGAAGGGAUUCGAGUCUUUGAUCAGAGUUUGAUCAACGAAGGCCGUUUGGAAUACCUGCCGACAGACCCAGACUCCGGCGAGGAUUUCUUCGUGUUGAACGUGACGAACGGCAUCACGGAUCUCGGCAGAAACGUUCUCUUCAAGAUUCUCAUCAUCCCCAAAGUGAUUAACUUUCAGGCGAAGGACAUCCAGGUGUCGGAGGGCGAGGCGGUGAAGCUAAACAGUGAAGACAUUUUUGUGACGAGCGAGUAUUACCGGGAGAGGAUCACGGAAUUCGUGGUGAGGGAGAAACCGCGGCAUGGGACCAUAAUGAUGGAAUCGAACAAACAAGAACGGACCAAAGUGGACGCCUUCUCCCCCGCACAGCUACGCGACGGGAUCGUACAGUACAUGCACGACGGGAGCGAGAGCACGGAGGACAAGCUCAUGAUGGUGGCGAGGACGGAGGAAGGGAAAGAGAGUCCGCUCACUCCCUUCAUCUUCCGCAUACGAGCCGUCAACGAUGAGAAGCCGGGCGUCGUCAACAACACGGGGGGGAACGUUUGGGAAGGGGGAAAUCUCACGAUUUCGCCUUCGAUGCUCGGGGCCGUGGACGAGGACAGCGUGGCAGGGAACGUGACAUUUCUCCUCGCCUCGGUCUACGGGGGAUAUCUGCAUGGUGCCGAUGGAGGACCGCCCCUGGAGAUCUUCACGCAGGAAGAGAUUAAUCGGGGACGAGUCCGUUUCUCACAUCAAGGCGGAACAGAAGCAGGCUUCAGAUUCCGCGUGACGGACGGGGACUUCGUCUCCCCCGAAGCCUUCUUUAACGUCACGGUCCACAGCCUCCAACUCAGAUUGUCGUCCCUCGAGACGCUGAAGGUCUUCCCGAUGAUGACGGCCCCGUUGAGUCCGAGUCACCUGUGCGUGUCGUCCAACGACCCGUGGGGCGACCGAGACGUGACCUUCCAGGUGACGAUCCCCCCCCGCCUCGGCCGGAUCCUCGUGGCAUCGGGGGAAGAGAAGCUGGAAGACGCGGACACGUUCACCCAGUCUCAGAUCAACGCCAGCCGGGUGAUGUACCAGCACCUCCAGCCCCUGAGGGAGUUCAGAGCAGGGGACGAGGUCGUCCUGCGAGGAUGGAACCCGCACGGAAGGCCCCUGGAAGGGAUCAAGCUCUCGGUCGAGAUCUCCUUGGCUGGGGAGUCCCCGGAUGGACUGCAGAGGUUUCUCAAUCUGAGCGAGGUUGCCGUGUCCGAGGGGGGUGAGACGUGUCUCGGGGGAGCGAACCUGGACAUUCGGGGGAUCGUCGCCUUCAUCCAGGGAUAUCGACGUCAGGUUUCCAUGCCGAUGAGCCAGGAGCCCGGAUUCGUGAUUCGGGUCGUCUCGUUUCCGUCUCACGGAGUCCUGUUGUUCCGGGGUCUGAAUCAGAGCUCGCCGUUCGCUUUCGGUCAGGAAGACGUGGAUUCGGGUCAGAUCUGUUACCGACACGACCACUCGGACACUCUGAGGGACGAAAUCGGAAUCUCUCUGUACAUGGUGACGAGCCAGACGAGGGACGACGACCUGUGGCUCAUGAACGGGACGUUGAACGUCACGAUCUGGCCCAUCAACGAUCAGCCGUUUCGCUUGGAGACGCUGGCUCCUUCCAUGGACGCCGUCGAAGGACAGAUACAGUUGAUCCGGAGGGAAAAAUUGCUCGUCACGGACCCUGACACCGAGCCGGGCUCCAUCGUCUUCGAGGUGCUGCAGGCUCCCAAAAUGGGGAAACUGGCUCUGACUCUGAGAGGGGAUAAAGAGGCCUGGCGAUUCACCCAAUCGGACAUCGACGAGGGUCGAUUGGUCUAUUCCCACGAUCGAAGUGCGAGGGGCCGACUUGAACCAGAUUCCUUUCAUUUCAAGGUCUCAGACGGGAAAUUUCCUCCCAUCUACGACCGGAUGCACGUGAACAUCCGUCCCCUGACCCUCGAAAUGGCCAACAACUCCCCCAUCAUCAUCAGGCAGGCCUCGACGGUGGCUUACCUGGAAAACACGUCCAUAGCGGCCGUGACCAACGGAGAUCCGGAUAAGAUCUAUUUCAACAUCACCCGCGAACCCUUCCACGGCUCGAUGUUCCUCAACGACGAGCGCACGGACUCCUUCGGCCAGAGCCACAUCGACGGCCGGCGCGUCUUCUACAUGCAGACGAACCUGUCGGUCUCUUGGGACUCGUUCGAGGCCACGGUGAGGAACGAGCAUCGGAUGCUUCCGCCGACGCUCUUCAACAUCACCGUCGCCCCUUUGGUGGACCUCCGUCCCUUCAACUUCACUUUCGGGCAGCAGCUGCCCCUGACCACGGACUUGAUGAGUGCCGGCCGCCUGGCCGAGAUCACCGGAUCGGCGCCUGUCUUCCGCGUGCUUCGGAGGCCCACCCUCACCAGGCUCAAGGUGGUGCAGAAGCGACCGAGUCGGGCCAUCAAGACGCAACUCGUAUUCUCUCAGCAAGACUUGGAGGAGAGGCGGGUCUACCUCAUCGGGAAGAAGCAGGGUGCUCCCAUCAUCACGUCCAUGGUGGAUUCGUGGGAUUAUCUUCUCGUGGCCCGAGACGUUCAGCCGGCUUACGGGACGGUCAAGUUCCUCGUCCAUCCAGAGGCUCGGAAAGAAGAGGGACAGAUGACUCCAAGCAUCAAUUCCGUGGUGGACAACCAUGAUCAGGCCGUCUUGGUCAGGACCGGGCCUCAGAUCACCAAAGACUCCUGGCUCAUCGCGAGCAUCGUCUCCGGCGUGGUCAUCUUGGCCGUCUUCAUCAUCAUCGGUAUCAAAUGCACCAUGAGACGCAAGCAGAUCCAGGCGAUCCGCCGCCAGCAGCAGAAGGAGCAAGAGCAUCAAUUCAAGACAUCCAGCCUGUACUUCAACGGAGACGUGACGGACUUCGACAACAUGUCCCUGCCCCACCCCUACGAGAUGGGCACCCUCCCCCGCAGCUACUGCGACUACCCCUCCUCCCCCAGGAUCAUCCGAGCCUACAAGGGCCAGGGCCCCCGCUCCUUCUCGUCCGACACGGAGUCCGCAUGCCAAGAGCUUGGAGGGUCCUCCAACAUCCCGCAGUGUAAAGUGACCCCGUUGUGUUCCGGAGACGUCUCCGGUAACCCCAACUGUGAUAUCCCUGGUUGUAGCGAGGAAUGUUGCUCGGACCCGGAUCAUCUCGGUUUCAAGCCAUCCAAUCCCAUGCUGAGGAAGAAUCAAUAUUGGGUUUGAUCCUCGUCGCUGGCAGCUCAUGUUUGCAUGUGGUUUGUCGUGUGAAUCAAGCUUGUUUUUGUCAA